AUGGUAGAAAAGGCACAGGAGCUGCUGGUGACGCUCCAGGAGCCCGACGCCAUUAUGGAAGCGGACAUUCUCUCGAGACUCCGGGCGUACAUUGGCUGCAAGGGCGCACCGCAGACGGCGGUGGAGACGCUGGCGGCGUCGUACCAAGGCCAUGCCGAGGUGUGCAACGUACUGCUCGACUGGAUGGGACUGGUGGGCAUGGACAAGGAAGAGCGAGAGGGACUUGUGGUCAAUCAUGUCAAGGACUCGGUCCUCGCCCACUACGAUGCAAAGCUCACCAGGAAUCUCUUUGCGUCGGGCUCGUCCACCCCAGAGUGGGUCAUGUUCAUGAUCGGCCAGCCGGUGUGGAGGGAUCUCUUCUACAAGCUCUCGGACUCGUAUGCAGAGUGUUUGCUCGUCAACUUUGCCAUCCGCAACAUCUCGGACGCUCCAGAGUGCUCGCGCGAGCUCAAGUCGCUCAAAAAGUCGGCUGCGCACAACUUUGGCGUCUUCUCGCAGAUCCUCUCCACACACAUCACCGCUCUCCUCGCCGCGCCCGAUCCGCUCAUUGCUCCGGCCUUUGAUGAGUUCAUCACUCUCGCUACUCAGUCGGAGAACACCCCGCCCAAUCCGGCAGCCGCGAUGCUCUUUGCACGUCUCGACCAGGAAAUGCUGCUGGCCAUGUCGCCCGAGCGCCAGGCCAUGUUCCGCAAGCUCACUGCCUUGCUCUCGGGCGUGCUGCUGUACCCGUCACUGGCAUCGGCGCUGCUCUCGAUGUUCAAGUCGGAGACGCCGGCCACCACGCCAGGCGACAUCAUCCGCAUCCACAAGGUGUACACCGGCUCGAACCCGCCGCCGCUCUCGCUCAUCCGUGACUCGCAGCUGGUUGACCUUCUCCUUGCAGACCUGUUUGUCCCGUCAAAGCUGGUCUCGCCCAAGCACCGCACCCGCUACCUCGCCGUCCUCGCGCUCAUCGCCGCUGGCAAGGACGACCGGGUCCCCGGCUACGCGCCUGCCGGGAGCGCUAGCCUCGGAACUGAAGCCGUGCCGGCUGUACAGCGGGCGCUGCGUGAGCUGCAGAACCUGCUGCUGGCCAAGCCGUUCGGCCCCGCGCUAGACGCCGCCUACCCGGAGCUGGUCGCCAAGGCAUCGGUCCACCCCAUGGCCGGUGCCGGGCUCAUCGCCUACGUCGAGGCCGCGCUCACCAUGCCGGAGUUUUUCUCCACCAACGGGCACGAUACUCGGACGUACCUCUCGCUACUCAACUCGAUGGCGACGGCCCACCCGUCGCUCGCGCCGCGGCUGCUGGCCACCUACCAGCGGCUGUUCUUUGUCUCAGCUGCCCUUGUCGACCUCGACGCCGUCUCGUUCCACAACCAGCUCAUGGACUGCAUUGCGUUUCUGCUUGCGGUCGGCCACGCCCAACCAGUCCUCGCUCUCAUCCACGAGUGGUGCGUCUCGUCGCGUGUCGACAAGGCUCUCGUCCGGCACUUUCUCCUCGUCGCCAUCCAGAUUGUCUCGCCCCCAUUCUCGCCCGACUUUGCCUCUGCCCUCGCCGACAUCAUGCGCAUCAACUCGUUUGCCGACUACACCGCCACCACGCUUUCGGCCUCGGACUCGCUCGCUACCCGUGGGCUCUCCAACCUUGCGGCAUCAACCCGCGCUGCCGACCGCCCGCGCGUCGUCUCGAGCACCGUCGCAUCGUCGGCAGACUCGCUGCUCUCGGCCGAGCUUGUCGACGCACUCGUCGCCACCAUCGUCGGCAUUGCUGCCGCCUGCCCGCUCUCCGACGCCACCAAGUCCAUGAUCAACGCGCUUUUUGACAUUCCGAUCCUCUCCGAGCGCGCCGCAGACCUCGACCUUUCUCUCGUCUUUCACGGCGACGAACCGCGGACUGUCCGCGUCGUCGUUGGUGCUCGUCUCGGCUCUGAUGACGACGACGACGACGACGACGACGUCCAGCACAUGGAUGACACCGAGUAAAUGCACAAAACUGA